AUGAUAUACUACUUGAAUAAUUUGAUAGAUGCAAAUGGAAUGAUUAAGGAAGGUCACUUAAGGUUGAAAGAUGUGUGGGUGCUGUCUCGUGAGACAAAAAUUAUUGUGCAUUGGAAUGAGCAUGGCCAACCGAUUGCUGAAUCUGGUGGACUUUUAGGAUUGUUUUUGGGAGUUGUUGCUGGAAAUUUCAAGAACUUUCCUAUAAGUUAUGAGAAAUGGCCUUUGGUUCCAAAAGAGCCAUACAAAAAUGGAGCCUAUAGGGAUAUUAUUCAGAGAUUCUUUAAAGUUGAUGAUGGACAUCAAAAGAAGUACAUACUACAAAAUCUUGGUAGAAAGUGGAAAGAUGAUAGAUGCAAAUUGUUUAACGACAAUUAUAAUUGGAAUCUUACUCGAGAGCAAAAUAUAGCAUUGUUACCAAAAGGAGUUGGAGUCAGCUUGAAUCAAUGGGCAACUUUUAUUGAUUAUAGAUUAAAAUCCAGAACUCAGGUAAUUGUAUGA